CUGCUAAAUGACUAAAUGUAAAUGUAAAUGUGUGGAAGUGUCCCACUUUCGGUGCUAAUUAUUCGAGAGAAAGCUAGUGGUGGAAAAAAAAAAAAAAGAGAAGUAGGAGGAGGAGAGAACACAUAAGAGACGAGUUCUCUUCCUGUUCUCGAGGUCAACCACAGACUGUUCAGUUUUAGACGUAUUUGUGUUCCUGCUUAGACGCGACUGACGCUGAAGAUCGCUCUCCACACGUUCCACCAUACCCAAUGAAUGAAUGAGUGAAUGAGUGAAUGAAUUAAUGAAACGAUUAAGCGUCUAAUGAAGAAAAUGGCCCCCUCUCUCUCUCCGGCACGGAUUCUUCUUCUUCUCUCCAUGACCCAAGGUGUUUCUGGUCAGAAAUGGACGGUAACUAUGACUGAUUACGAAAUCUGUGCUGUGACUGGAUCAUCAGUGGUCAUGCCCUGCUCUUUCACUCAUCCUCCUGGGCUCACAGUCACUACUGUAUACUGGGUGAUUAAUGCCAAAAAGGAUAAAAACCUCCCUAAUCUGUCUAAGAGCUCAGAGUAUAAGGAUCGAGUUAAGUACAGCGCAGAUAUAAAGAAAAACUGCACAUUGACUCUGAGUGAUGUGAGAGUCACAGAUACAGCUUCUUAUUACGCCAGGAUUGAAGCAGGGCAGAAAUGGAUGUCAGCUAAAGUCACCCUCACAGUCACAGAUGAUCCAGACCUUGUUGUCCAGAUUUCUGGAGCAGCGAUUGAGGGAAAAAAAGUUAAGCUGAGCUGCAUAAGCCACUGCACUUUGAAAAAAAACUCCAAGACAACGUGGAAAAGCAAUGGGAAGAUUGUACCUGAUGUGCAAACAGACAACAAUCUGCUCAUACUCCACAACAUCACGAUUGAAGACGAGGGCAACUAUUCAUGUGCAUUGGAAGACCUGGAGGCUCAUCCAUCUCCACCAAUGAAGCUAAAUGUUAUGUACCCUCCAAAGAAGACCUCUGUUUCUGUGAGUCCUGAUGGUGAGAUACUUGAGGGAGCUUCUGUGACUCUGACCUGCAGCAGUGUUGCCAACCCACCAGUGGACAGCUACACCUGGUAUAAGAUACAUGGACAAGCAACAUCUGUGGUGGGAUCAGAGCGGAUUUACAACAUCCCCAUGAUCACCUCUGGAGACAGUGGCAAUUACUCCUGUGAGGGAAAAAACCAACAUGGUGGCCGUAAUUCUACAGAUGUUCCUCUGGAUGUUCAGUAUGCAUCAAAGAACACUGCAGCGUCAGUUAGUCCCUCUGGUGACAUAGUGGAGGGCAGUUCAGUGACUCUGACCUGUAUCAGUGAUGCCAACCCACCCGUGCAGAGUUAUACUUGGUACAGGAAGAAUGAAUCGGCAAUGUCAACGAUAGCAACACAACAGGUUUACAGCAUCAGUACAGCCAGCUCUGAACACGCUGGAUUGUACUACUGUCAAGCAGAGAGCGUUCACGGGGCCACAAAUUCUACAGUUAUUCGUCUGGAUGUUCUCUAUCCGCCUAAAGGGACAUCAGUUUCACUCAAUCACACUGGUCACUUAGUGGAGGGCAGUUCAGUGACUCUGACCUGCAGCAGUGAUGCCAACCCGCCCGUGGAGAACUACACCUGGUAUGUGAAGACUAGAGAUACAACUGCCCGACUAGGCUCAGGGAAGAGCAUCACCUUCAAUCUGACCUCCACCAAUGUUGGAUUGUACCACUGUGAAGCAAACUCUACAAUUGCCUCCCAGAAUUCUGCUUCAGUUGAAGUUUCUUUGGCAGCAGGCCCAAGGUGGCAAAGUGUGCCUCCUAUUGCUGGAGGAGCUGUUGCUCUCCUCGCUGUUCUCAUAGUGGCCCUGGCUGUCGUGAUGUCCCGGAGGGGAAAGAAGACAAUCAGCUCAACCACUGACUUGAGAAAUACAGAUAGGAACACACAGGAGUGUGAUCAGGAUGAGGCCGAUAAUGAUUAUGUCAACGUCAAUCCGGUGACCUCUGACCCCACCCUGAGAGUGGACUCAGGCGGCCCAGAUGACGUCCACUACGCCAGCGUUCGGUUCAAGAGCUCCAGAGGACAGGAGGUGCCCCUCUACUCCACCGUCCAGAAGCCGAAACUCCGCACACAGCAGCAGCAGCAGAGGGUGGUGGAGGAGGCGGAGUACGCAGCAGUCAAGUUCUCUACACACAACACUGCCUGCAAGUGAGUAAAAUAGGACAUUACACAUAGAACCAUCAGUCUGAACAGACAGCCGUGCUGAUGUUAGAUGCAAAAUUAAUUUACUAUUCAAUCAAUCAAUCAAUCAGUCAAUCAAUCAAUCAAUCAAUCAAUCAAUCAAUCAAUCAACUUGGUAGUGAGUAGAAUGGGACAUUGAGAAACUACUGCAUAGGAAAUGCACAAGCGCAAGAUCUUCAGGGUAUACUGUACGUUACUAUAAUUGAAUCAACAGCUUGUUCAGCCCAAUCUCACAUGUGCUCUUUGGUAACUGAAUUAAAAGCCCGGCAUGGAACAAAUAGAGAAGAGGUGGUGCUACUAUUAGGAUAAGUACGGUACUUUCUGUAGGUUUUCUGUCCACACCCUCGGCUGCCCCCUAGUGGCAAGAAAUGU